AACCCUCUUCGCGCAAGAGAUCACAGACUCUGAUCCUUGGCCGUCGUCUGUCUUUCUCUAGCUGGCGAGAAAUUGUUUUCUCGGGAAAAAAAUUCUCGGGUCUGUCAGGUUUUUCUUUUGUUGUUGUAGUUGCUGCUGCAGAUAUGGGGAGCGGAGAGAAGAAUCUCCUGAGCUUUCAUCUGCAUCUGCCUCAUCUUCAUCACCAUGGGAGGAAGCAAGUAAUCAGGGAUGUGCCGAAGGGGUGUUUGGCGAUAAAGGUUGGGGGGCAGGGGGAAGAGCAGCAGAGAUUCGUUGUCCCAGUGAUAUACUUCAAUCACCCUCUGUUCCUGCAGCUGUUGAAGGAGGCAGAGGAAGAAUAUGGGUAUGAUCAGAAGGGAACCUUCACUAUCCCAUGCUAUGUGGACGAGUUUCGGUACGUUCAAGGAAUGAUCGAUAGGGAGAAGUCCCCGAAUCACCAUCAACAUCAUGUAGGUUGUUUUAGGGUUUAAUUUUGUUUUUAAUUUCCAAAAAUUGUGUGAAUGAACACUCAGAAUGAUACUCGAAGAAUGUCGACGACGACGAUGAUGGUAUCAUCUCAUGGCUCUGUAAAUUUGAGUGUUUAAAUUGUCUAUGUUUUUUUUUUUUUUUUUUGUCUUUCUUUUUCCUCUUUUGCGUCCUUACUGGGAAACGCAGAAUGAUAAGUCAACUGCAUGACGACGAUGAUGAUAUUGACCCAAAAAAAAAAAGAUAACUUGAUGCUGGAAAUAUUGUUUUUGUUAUUUUUCUUAUAAAGGAUGGGGAACGAUAUUGGAGAUGACAUAUUUAAUGCCAUGAAUUACUUAAUAA